AAAGGGAGAUUAUUGUUUUAUAUAGAUUUUGGGAAAUUUAUUCCCCUUUUUUUAGAAGAUUUUUUAUCAAAGGGAUUCGAUCAGUGCUUAUUUUACUAGAAGGCUGAAAGUAAUUUUGUUUGAUUAAAUUGAAUUUUUUCUUAAAUUUUAACACUUUUGUUUCUAAUCACUUCUUUAAAUAUACACCAAAAUUGGAUUUAUAGAGUGUGCACUUUUGAAGUUUAUACAUAUAUAUAGAAUGUUGUAAAUUCGCGAAGACUGCAAAUGAAUCCCGUUUUACCAUUGCCCCAUCUCCCCCACAACAAUUUAACGCCUUUUCCAAGUGACCUUAUUUUUUUUAACACCAUGUGAAUGGAUUACUCGACAAUUUUGUCAAAAAUUUCACGGAAAUUUGGACUUUUUUCAAUUUUGUUUUAUAAUAUUUAAAGAUUUUUCUAUUGUUUGAUUUUGUCUAAAAUAAUUGGGAUCAACCAAGCUCCCCUCUCCCUCCUCUAAGAUAAUUAAUCUACUUGAGUAAACAAAUUUACUUUUGAUUGCUUACUGUCAGUGCAGUGCAGAUCCGAAUCUAAACAGUCUAGAGUGUCUUAAAUCAUUAUGAAAAUAAAUAUAAAGGUGUCUUUAUAUAAAUAGCUUUCGCCAAUUUCCUUAUUCCUUAACUUAAAACAAGGCUUAAAUUAACUUGAAUUUUGAGACUUUUGACCUAGAUUCGUCUUUUCGGCUUAAGGAACGUAAACACUGUCAGUGUCACGUAAAUUAAUUCCGUCCAUUGUGGUUCACCUGUACACUGCACUUAUCUCAGAGCUGGGAAUUUAAGCAAUUUUGGGCUCUGGCUGUGUGGUUUUGUUGAGUCAUUCUGUACUUGGUAUUCAGGGCACACUGUACUCCAACAUAAAUCGAAACUUUUUACUGUAUAAAAUUAAGUACAACACUUGGUACCAAAACUUUAAAGAUUUAGAAAGUUAACAAAUAUAUAUUUUGCAGAAUACACAAUGGCAGAUGUUACAGAAGAAGAUAUUGUGAAAAUGCGUUUACUUUUUGACGGAGAUGGAUUAGGAGACGAAAGACGAAUGAAUAUGCUGCUGAGGAACCUGAUAAAGUUUGCAAAUGUAGAAAAUGAAACAGAUAAAUUCCACGAGACCCAGUAUCAGCGGAUGCUUGGACAGAUUACAGGGUUAGAGUCGAGUAUGUCUAGAUCUAGUGUCAUCACUAAUAUGAACAGGGACGAGGAGAGGAACUAUAUCGACCUGGAGAAGAAAAUUGAGCAGGGGAUAGAGGAGGCUAGGACGGAAAUAGAGGAAACAAAGCUUGAGCUUGAGGAAGCUAAACAAAUCCGCAAAAACAGAUUAGAGUAUGAUGAGCUUGGAAAGAUAAUCCUGGAGCAUCCUGAGCGAGGGAGUUCUAUGGAGCGGAUCAAAACUAUCCAAGACGAGCAGGAGAACCUGCGCAUGCGUGAGAAACAGCUUGAGGAAAAGCUAGAGCAGCGUCGUAAACAGUUUCAUGUUCUCAUCUCCAAUAUUCAUCAGCUACAGAGUUUGAUCGAGGAAGAAGAUGGAGCAGUAAUUAACAGUGAUGAUGAGGAUCAAGAUCAGGAUGAGAUUACUAUAUUGAACUCCUCACAGGAAAAGCAAUAGGGAACGGAACCUUCUUGUGAAGACAGAAUAUUACGCUGACUAUCACAAGCCCAAAAAAAAUCCUAUGACCACCCGGAUAUUUUGCUGACCAAUGGACCAUCUGGAAGUUUGUUUGAACAUAGGCAUUUCUGUUGAACAUCCAGAAAUUCCGUGGACCAUUAGGAGAGUAUCAUAAAAUCCAGGAAGAAAUUGGGAAAUUCCUGGGACCAUCAGAAAAAUCUUCAUAAAAUGGGAAAUUCUGUCGAUCAUCAUAAGAUUUUGCUGACCACCAAAAAACUUAAAAAUACCAACCAUCUUCUUCUACAAACCAGAACAAGAUCUUAGUUCUAAAAUUUUUGAAAUGUAUUUCCAAUAUAUUUGUGUUUAAAUCACUUCUUUUGCAUUUGUUGUACUUUCAGAA